CGUUUGGCUUGGCAAAAAUGAGCCCCGAGACGCCGCCCCGCCGGACAGCCCGACCGUCGUCGCCACUAGAAGCCGAGGUCGCGCAGCUCGCACGCCAGACGCCGACCAAAGUCCUCGCCGACGACAUGAACCAAACGCUGCUCGCCGACGUGCUCGCAUCGCUCCGGCAGCAAGGCGCUGCGAUGCAAAAGGAGAGCACGUGGGUGGUCCAGGCCAAGCCGUUGCACCUCUGACCACGCAAGGUAGGGAGUAUAUUAGUCGUCCAACCUACUAACUAGGUAUAACUCAACAUCGAGUUUAAAAUGUGGUGCACGAGC